CGCCAGACUUCCGCGCAAUUCGCGUAGCCACGCAACGGCAUUCGUCAAUGGUGGAAGGGGCUGACACUCGACUGAUCACGCCGGGAGAGGUGGGCGAGCACAACACGGAGGACGACCUGUGGAUCAUCGUCAACGGCCAGGUUUUCGACAUUACGGUGUACCAGCACGAGCAUCCCGGAGGCGAGAAGGUGUUCAGGAAGGUCGCGGGCGGCGACGCGACCAAGCAGUUUCUGAAGAACCACAAGUUCAGCACGAUCGACAGAUUUAGGGACGAGAUCUUCAUCGGCACGCUGCAGAAAGGCGAGGAGAAGGACAAGACCGGGGAGCAUUCAGGAGGAGGCUUCUUUGGCCGUCUGAAGUCGAAGCUGCUGCACUGA